AGUCUUACUCAUCGUCUUUGAACAGUACAAUGUUCUUUAGAAAAGUCUAUAACCGCUGUAAUGAAUACACAUAGUUAAAAAUGUGUGUGCUUGCAGCGGAGAAAAGAAGCGCAUGAUUAAGAAACCAUUUUAUAUCGAAAUUCUUCAAAGUAAUACAUUGCAAGAGUUCAUAAUAAAGUCUUCAAAGGAAUGAAGGAAAUAGCUUGUUGAAUAACGUUUAAUAAAAUAUCUUCCGUUUACGUAAGAAAAAAUGUGAUGUUAACACAACCAAUUUAUUUUAAAAGAUGUUUCACGUUUAAUAAUUUAACAGAACUGUAAAAUAGAGUAUUGUAAACUCCACGUACAACGAAAAUGUUUUAAAAUAAGAGGAGACGUGGACGUUAUAAAGUAAUAUACUUAUCAUUCGUAUGUUCAACGAACAUAGGACAGUCUUUUUUGAUAAAUUACUUUUAUUGUCUAUAUUUCAUUAUCUCUCUUAUCAACUUAUAAUUAUUGUAAGAUAAUAAAAAGUAUUAAUUCUAUGUGGCGAGUGAGAUAAAUUAUGGAAACCUUUGUUUAUAUCAAAUUAGGAUCUUACAAGUCUUACAGUUUGUAUCGAUUCGUAAUUAGUAAAUAGAUCCAAAAAAUGGAGAAUGAGAUUGAGGUGUGGCACAUGGGUGUUCAUUAGUAGCCACACCUUUUUACUUAACGAAAGCUGCUACCACAGUUAGUGUGUCUGAAUUUCAGUUAGAAGCACUUUUUGACAUGACACAAAGUGUUUAAAUACUUGCAUUAAUUUUUGUUACUUUCGACAUUAACGCAGAUUUUGUAAGUAUUUUCAUAAUUCUCACAACAGAUAUAAAUUUUCAAACGAGAUGCUUAUGUUUUCUAAAGAAAUCUGCAUUAUGCUCGUAUAAUUGAUUUGUUUUGUUUAAUUAGGAAAAGAAUACCUGUUAUAACAGUAUAUCGAAUGAAUAAUAACGACAAGACUAUUGAUUAUUAAAGAUGAUUGAAAUACUUUUCAGCUAUUAACUAAAGGAGGAGGAAUUAAACAAAUGGACGAAACCACGAUUUCAUCGAUAUUAUCUUCGUCGUUCUCGCCUUGUUCGCCUAACGAAAUAGCUAAAGGACAUGGGGACAGCGUCGAAGAAGUAGUCGAGGAAUGGUUGGAGGACGAAGCGUUGCCAGGAUUUCGCGUUUGGCAACUGGCAGGCAUAAUUAUUUCUAUUCUGCUUAGCGUAUUGAUCGGCCUCUGUUGUUGCAUCCGAUUUCGUGUACCGCGGACUAAACAGGAAAUAGAAGCAGAUUAUAUUCGCAAAAGGCUAACGAAGAAUUUCAGACGCGAGCUGUCCAAGAUUAGUAACAUGGAGAUGGAUGAGAUGGAUUUAAAGAAAGCGUUAAGCAAAAUUCAAAGUAACUUUGACAUGGAAAUCCAUCGGCUACAGAAGGAUCAUCAGAAACUGGCGCGUAAGGGCGUACAACAGGGAUUGAGAUCAAGAUUCAACGCGAUGUUUGGCGGGAUUCAUUUUGCGAGACAAGAUCUUCCCAGUGAUACGCGUAUAAUUUAAUCAAUUUAACAAAUAUUCUAGUUGUUGUUCUUAAAACGAUGGUACAGGAAGUAUUGUAAUGAUUGAGUAACUAUUUGGAGAUCUUCACAGACAUAACAUUUAUUGAACAAAAUAAGUGAAUUCUAUACAGCGUUAAUUGACUAAAUAUAAUCUUUAUUGGAUGACCGUAAUACAGAAAUUAACUUUUAUCUUACAUGCAACGAUGAUCUAUUAGCAAAAGAUAAAUACAUUUGGAGAAAAGCACUUAA